GCCGUACUGUUGCAUGCACUUGGAACUAACCUUUGCUAAGCGGUAUCUGUGAUCCUGCAUGGAUAUUUUAAGAGAUAAUGGGAAAUGUGCAGAGUUACAUUGUGGCCUCACUGUCUGUAUGUUCCGUGUAUUUAGUUUACGUUCACAUUUACUGCGCUCACAAGCUGCUGAAAACAACCGAACUGCAUAGCGACAAACUUCCGAGUAAUGCGUAUGUUUACAUGAAAUACCUGAGCAGACGAGUGACCCGGAGAGCAGGCUGCUUAUACGGUACAGAGAAACAAGAAGCUGUUUAUACGGUGGUCAACUGCCGGGUGGAGGAUGCUCUGUUGCGGAGGUUCUGCAGUGCUGCAGGUUAUGGUUGGGAUUAUCCAGACAGUGAAUACAGAGACAUCCCGCUGUGCUUCCCGGAGUUUCUCUGCAGCAGACUUCUCCUUAUGUUGUUAUCUCAUGAAAACUUCAGGCUCAGCCCAGCAGGUCUUGUCCAUGUGCGUCAGAUUUUAAAAACCUUUCAGCCAAUCGAUGAGCUGAAGAAGGGUCCAUUCACCCUGCGGGUGCAAGUCCUGGGGUACCAGCUGACUGAUCUAGGGGUGGAGGUGGACAUCUGUCUGUCUGCUACUUCCCGCUCCAGAUGCGUAGUGUGGGAGAGCGUCCUGACACUGCUUUCCGAAAACAAGCUUCACAAAGCCAUCAGAUGUCCACCUAAGAAUGAAAAUGAGAGUGAGGAAGAUGAGCCAGCACCAGACACUCUGAAGCAGGUGGAGCUCAAAGUUCCCUGGACUCCCGACCUGAAGUGUAGAUGGAGUUUUCCAUGUCAGCUCCUCUCUCUGCCGGCCAGGCUCUUUAGAUUCACACCUCACAUAGCACCGAGUCUCUGGAUGUUCUCUGUCUGCUUGGCUGAAAUCGAAAAGCACAAAGGGGUUAAAGUGAUCACAGCUCCCGUCACCGUCACUGCCCAGUUUAAGGAGCCUCUGCUGGUUCCAGGAAAGGUGACGGUCAGUUUUUGGGAGGCACCCGGAAAUAAGCAUCAGUCCCAAAGCCUCUGCUUUCAGAUGCAGCAACACGGAGGGGGCAAAGCUCACCUGGUGGGACGGAUUUCUAGGUGUUGAUGAUUAACAAAGAAUGUUGUUAUUUGUUGUUCAGAUUUUCACUGUUAACAGUUUGACUCUCAGUAGAUUGGCAGGUUACAGUCAACUGAAUUCUGUUUUCUUACCGCUCCCAAUUCAAGUGCAUAAUCUUGGCUACGCUGGCUGCUAUAGAACAAAAAGUUUUAGUCACCUGAGAUCAAAACCAUUACAUUUAGACUGCACCCCAUAACAGCUGCUGCUGGCUGGUGUGUUUCUACUACUGUUUGUGUAAAACAAAUAUAUUUUUGUACACAGUAUUUUUGAAUAUGUUGAAUAACUUCAAACUUUUCUGAACUUUUCUGUCGUAAGCGCUGCUGUUUUUUGCUGCUAUUAGUCUGCCAGCUGCUCUUGUUGGCUGCUUUGAAGUAGAUUCAGACACUUGGUGAAUUAACUCUCAUAUGAUGUGAGAAUAUAAUCAAGCUGUUUAUCAGAGGGAACGCAUGAUUUUAGGGAUACUUGAUCCUAACGGUAGCUAGUGUCAUGUUAGCUCAUAACCAGCUGUUUUCGUUUCGUCGGCUCAUUGUCAGCUGUUCAGAGGAGAGCUGUGUGUCUAAUAAAUGAGGAAUAAAUGAG